AGUGUCCACUGGCACGCUCACUCAGGAUCAGGGCGGAAACCUGCAGGCCGGCUGGGGCUGGCUUGGAACAGCCCCACUGUGAAAGGGCCCAGCACCUGGACACAGGCAUCUCGGUUCCACCAAGACCAGCAGCGUCUGGGGGCGCAGCCUCCAGCGCCAGCCUGGAUGCAAGUCUCUUCCCUCCGCGGGCCCCCGUCUGCCGCCCACGGCCCUUCUCAGGAAGCCGAAUCCCAAGCCCAGGCAGGGCCAGUGGGCCGAGGGCAAACCCCGCCCCCAGGGGUCCCCGAUCUUUGACCCCAUCCGGGACUCUGCGCCUCCCCAGGAGGCCACGGGCAGCGGGCGGCGCUGCCUUUUGUAUGCUCCGCUCCGAGGUGCCAGAGACCCCCCAGCGGCGCGCGCGGGAUCCCCUCGCGGCCCCCGGCCCCUCCUCUGGGCGUCCCCGACCCCCCUGCUCGGCUCCGCGUGCCAGCUCGGGGCGCGCUGGUUCGCUCCCCGCGGCGCCAGGAGGAGGGGCGAGGCCGGGAGCCCCCUCCCUCGCGCGGCGCCGGAGCCAGCCAGCCGGGGGGACGCGCCGCCGCCCGUCAUGUGGGCCGGACUGCUCCUAGCGGCUGCCGGCCUCGCGCUCCUGCUGCCGGGGGCCCCGGCCCGCGGCUACACCGGGAGGAAGCCGUCCGGGCACCUCGGGACGGAGAGACGCCGGCUGGGCCCCCACGUCUGCCUCUCGGGGUUCGGGAGUGGCUGCUGCCCAGGCUGGGCGCCCUCCAUGGGCAGUGGGCACUGCACCCUUCCCCUCUGCUCCUUUGGCUGCGGGAGUGGCAUCUGCAUCGCUCCCAACGUCUGCUCCUGCCAGGAUGGCGAGCAAGGGGCCACCUGCCCAGAAGCCCACGGGCCCUGCGGGGAGUAUGGCUGUGACCUUGCCUGUAACCACGGUGGCUGCCAGGAGGUGGCCCGGGUGUGCCCUGUGGGCUUCUCGAUGACGGAGACAGCUGUUGGCAUCAGGUGCACCGACAUCGACGAGUGUUUAAGCUCCUCUUGCGAGGGCCUCUGCGUGAACACGGAGGGCGGUUUCGUGUGCGAGUGCGGGCCGGGCAUGCAGCUGUCCGCCGACCGCCACAGCUGCCAAGACACGGACGAAUGCCUGGGGACGCCCUGCCAGCAGCGAUGCAGGAACAGCAUCGGCAGCUACACGUGCUCCUGCCGGCCCGGCUUCCAUCUCCACGGCAACCGGCACUCCUGUGUAGAUGUCAACGAGUGUCGGAGGCCGCAGGAGCGGCGGGUCUGCCACCACGCCUGCCACAACACCGUGGGCAGCUUCCUGUGCACGUGCCGGCCCGGCUUCAGGCUGCGGGCUGACCGGGUGUCCUGUGAAGCGUUCCCGACGGCCGUGCUGGCCCCAUCCGCCAUCCUGCAGCCCCUGCAGCCCCCGCCCAACAUGCUGCUGCUGCCCGAGGCCGGCCGGCCGGCCCUCUCCCCGGGACACCCCCCUCCUGGGGCUCCCGGGCCCCCAGUGGGAGUCCGGACCACCUGCCCGCCUGCUCACACCUCCUCACUACCAGCAGCCUCCCCUUCCGUCCUGCCGAGGCUGCCGUCCACCCCGAUGGCCACCCCAGUGCCUAGCGUCUCCCUGUUGGGGACCCUCAGACCUUCCACACAACCGCAGGAGAAGGGGGUUACCCCUUCCUUGCCCAGGAGCCCCACAGCCCCACAGCCCACACCGGGGCCCUCUGCCUGCUGGCACCUGGGAGCCAUGCACGAGUCGGGGAGCCACUGGACAGAGCCCGGGUGUUCCCAGUGCUGGUGCGAGGAUGGGCAGGUGACCUGUGAGGAGGCGACGUGUGAAGCUGCUUGUUCCCACCCGAUCCCCUCCGGAGACAGGGGGUGCUGUCCGUCCUGUACAGGCUGUUUCCACGGUGGCGUCGUCAGAGCCGAGGGGGCUGUGUUUUCCCCUCCUGCUGAGAACUGCACCGUCUGCGUCUGCCUGGCUGGAAAUGUGUCCUGCAUCUCCCCCGAGUGUCCUCCCGGCCCCUGUGAGACCUCCCUGGAGUCAGACUGCUGCACCUGUGCUCCAGGGAGGUGCUACUUCCACGGCCGGUGGUAUGCAGACGGGGCCGUGUUCAGUGGGGAUGGCGACGAGUGUACCACCUGUGUCUGCCAGGAUGGGGAAGUGGAAUGUGCCUUCACACCGUGCCCAGAGCUGGACUGCCCCCGCGAGGAGUGGUGGCUGGGCCCUGGCCAGUGCUGCUUCACCUGCCGGGAGCCCGCGCCCAAGACAGGCUGCUCUCUCGACGACAAUGGGACCGAGUUUCCGGUGGGACAGAUCUGGUCUCCUGGUGACCCCUGUGAGUUGUGCAUCUGCCAGGCAGAUGGUUCCGUGAGCUGCAAGCGGACAGACUGCGUGGACUCGUGCCCUCACCCCAUCCGGAUCCCGGGACAGUGCUGCCCGGACUGUUCGGCAGGCUGCACCUACACUGGCAGGACCUUCCACAACAACCAGACCUUCCCAUCCUUGCUGGACCCGUGCCUGAGCUGCAUCUGCCUGCUGGGCUCCGUGGCCUGCUCGCCCGUGGACUGCCCCAUCGCCUGCUCCUACCCUUUCCACCCCGACGGCCAGUGCUGCCCGGUGUGCCGAGACUGCAACUUCGAGGGGAGGAAAGUGGGGAACGGCCAGGUGUUCACCCUGGACGACGAGCCCUGUACCCAGUGCACGUGCCAGCUGGGAGAGGUGAGCUGUGAGAAGGCGCCCUGCCGGCCGGCCUGCGGGGACUCCGCCACGCCCCCCGGGGACUGCUGCGCCUCCUGCCCAGAUUCCCCGGAGGACGGGCGGGGGCUGCCCCCUCCUGCAGACGCGGCCCUGAGCCCCCGCAGAGCCCCCCAGGACCCCGCCACCUGCAGCUCCUGCCCGGGUCCCCCGGCAGCCCAGCCUCAGCGGCCCGCGCCCCACUUCCUCCAGCUCCUCCUGAGGACCCACGAGUCCAACCGGCAGACUUUACCCAGGAGCCGUUCGGGGGCCCAGGCCUCCCCCUUGCCCCCCGCGGGGCCCUCACCGGGGCCUCCGGUCCCCCCAGGAGCCUCCUCUCUACCUCCUGCCUCUCCCGGGGCUCCUGCUACUCCAGAGCCUUCAGCCACGGCCUCUGGGGCCCACACGGCGUCGAAGUGGCCUGCUCUGCCCCCCGCCGUCCUGCCGGAGGCUCCAGCCCUCUCCACGGCAGACCCGAGCUCCCCAGAGGCCCCCGCCACCCUCCAUGGACUCGCCCCCGCCGCCUCCGGACUUUCUGCUGCCCGUGUGGCGACCACCAGCCCUGGCACUCCCCAGCCCCCACCCAGGACCGCGAGUGAAGAGGAGUCCGCGGGGUGAGGGGCCUCCAUGCAGGGCCACCCCGGGAGACGCACCAAAGGAGCCGCUGGGGCCAGCGAGGGCCACUGCCCAGGGGCUUCUGGCCGUGGGACACGCUCGGGGCUGACAGCCUCGUGCCCCCCCCGCCCCCCGGGAGCGUUUGGGAAGCGGAGAACCAGCCUGUCCCGGCAGCGCCCUCCCUGAGGCCCCUCGUGUCUUUGGGGGGAGGCUGGGCUCCCCGCUCUGCAGGGGGCGGGUCAGCAGGCCCAGGUGCCCCUGGGAUUG